AUGGCAUCAGCUGCUCUUCAAAAGGAUCGUCGAUAUUCGUCAGAAGUUCGCCAUAUUGCUUUCUUGAAGGUCCACAAAUGUGCCAGUUCCACAAUGCUGAAUAUCUUCUAUAGGUUCGGUUAUAAAAGGGGACUUAACUUUGUCCUUCCCAUCAAAAGUAACUAUUUAAAUAUGAUUCAUAAAAAAAGAGUGAUAUCAGUUGUGCCCCCACCCGCAAUGUCCGGGUAUGACAUCCUCUGCAAUCAUGUGACUAAAUUCAACAAACAACUAUUCUCUCGUUACCUACCACCUGACACCAAAUAUAUUGCCAUAGUUCGAGAACCAUUCAAAAGAAUGUAUUCAGCUUUUCACUACUACCGGAAUGUAAUACACUUUCCCAUCCUUAGAAAAAUUAGAGGCGUGGACCCGUUCAAGGCCUACCUCAACAAUAUUACAUCAUUGGAAACCCUGUGGGGAGAUCAUUCAUUUACUAAUAACAUGAUGGCAAGGGAUUUUGGUUUUCCUACUGAGGAAUACAAAAACAUUUCAAAGUUCAAAACGUACCUCGGAACGCUCGACAAACAUUUUCACUUGGUUAUGGUCUCGGAGAUGUUUCUCGAAUCACUGGUGCUCUUGCGAAGGUUAUUAAAAUGGUCAAUGGAAGAUGUGAUAUUUCUGACAAUAAAUGUGCAUGAACAUAAAAAUCUCACAACGAAUACUAGCUCGGAGAAUAUCGAACCUUUCCUAGCUCUUGAUCGUAUCCUGUAUGACCACUAUCUGACAAGACUAAAGGAACAGAUUGAUGCACAAGGGCCUGAUUUUUACAAGGAGCUUCAAUACUUCAAAGAUGUUAACUCCAAAGCCUCAGAUCUUUGUAGUGCAAAUAACACUACCAACAAACUGCUGUCAUUGAGGGCAAAUGAAUGGCAUGACGACUUCACUAUCACAUUACAGGACUGUGACCUGCUCAGCAAAAAGGAGAUCACGUUUUUGAAUUUAGUGAGGGAUAAACAAACUGAACGCGUAAAGACAUAUGGAGCUAAUAUAAGUUACUUCCAAUAAGGUUUUUCCCUCUAUGUAUUAUUAUGCAUAAAAUAUGGUGUAUUUCUUUA